CGUGUCAUAAGAUAGUUGGAUUAAGUGUGGAAAUAAGAGUGUCAAAUGUCCCACAUCGAAAAGCCAGCAGAAAACCAAUUUGUAUAUAUAAGGACACAAAAGAUAGAUGGUCACGACCUUACUUGAACAGGAUCUGUUCUAUAGGCUCGUACCUCUGUUUCCUUGAUUUCUAAGGAGACAGGCCCUAAACCCUGGUUGAUGAACCAUGACCGUGCGGUCAGAGCGUGAUUGAUGGCUACGAUCGUCUUCGGACGCAUCCGGUGCUGUAGAGGAUCGUUACUCGGCUUGGUCUUCCUUGCCGGGGUGGUCGCACGGCGGUCUGACAGAAAACAAGAGAUAAGGUUGAAGAGUGAAGCAAAGCUUAGUAAUGGCUUCAAUGCACGAAGCUCUGUUCUCUUCUCGGCUUCUUCAAGUCAAUUCUUCUUUUUCCUUCCGUUGCGCUCUUCCAAUUAUCUCUUCACCAGCUGCAGUAUCUUGCGCAAUCAAAUCGACCCAGUUUUUUAAACAGCGUUGUAGAACCAAAGUGAGGGACUUUUCUCUAUCUUCACUGUCCCGGAGAGGGUUCGUUUGCAGAGCUGCUGAGUACAAGUUUCCGGAUCCCAUACCUGAAUUCGCCGAAGCUGAGACUGAGAAAUUUAGGGACCAUAUGUUAAACAAACUAUCAAAAAGAGAUCUUUUUGAAGACUCUGUUGAUGAAAUUGUUGGAGUCUGCACUGAGAUCUUCGAGACGUUCUUGCGCAGUGAGUAUGGAGGACCUGGUACACUCUUGGUGAUACCUUUCAUUGACAUGGCAGAUACUCUCAACGAAAGGGAAUUGCCUGGAGGUCCACAAGCCGCCCGAGCAGCUAUUAAAUGGGCUCAGGAUCAUGUAGACAAGGACUGGAAGGAAUGGACCGGCACUGAUUAGUCCCCUGGGAGCAUUAAGUAUAAUCCGUGAGUUAUUUAGUUUAGUAGUGGGGUAGCAGAUGUGUCAUUGUAAAACUCUGAUUACUAUGUCGUGAAGCACUUAAUCUUUGAUCAAAAACUGUUUGGUGUAAACUUGUCCAAACGACUGGAAACAAGAAAAAGAAAAGAUGGCAAAAGCUUUUUAUUGUUCUUAUUCAG